AUGUCAACGUAUCGAAAAACAUAUAAGAAUCAACUGAAACGAUUCAAUAAUGGUAACAAUAGUAAUAGCACAUCUACUGAAUUGACAAAUUUAGUUGAAAUGUUCCCAGAUUGGGAAGCAGAUGAAUUACAAGGUUUGUUGUCGGAGAAUGAUAACUCAUUAGAAAUUGUGAUCGACUUGAUAGUUAAUAAUAAAGUAUCCAAAUGGGAACCAAUUAAGAAGGAAAAACACAAGAAGAAAGAACAUAAAGACGACACAACCGAUUCGGUGACUGGUAAUGCCAAUGGUGCAUCAAAUUCUGGAUCUUCAAAUUCUACCACAGCUUCAGGAGAUAGAAGGCUCAACAAUAAGGCUAAAGCUUCCACUUCUUCGAGACCUCCAAAGAGACAACAACAUCCUAAUGCAGCUCAUAAGAAGAAUGAAAAGACAGAAAGAUCAAAGGCUUCAACUGUCUCCACUACUACAACAAGUGCAACUAGUUCGGUGACUAAGGAAUCGGUCCCACCUUCAAAUUCUUGGGCAGCAGCUUUAUCUAACGAUAAACCAAAGAAACAAGAAACCAAAUCUGAAGCAUCGGAAAGCAUACCAAGCAGUAACGACGGUGGUGAUGCUGAAACUGUGCCAGAAGUUGAACAGGCUGAGACAUUAGAAGAAUCUCAUCAAGAACCAGAAAAUGUUGAGGAACCAAUUGAAUCUGUUUCAGAACAAUCACAACCAGAAAACACAAAACCAGUGUUGAAACUGGCAGCUAUUCCAGAACCAAAACAAGGUUCAUGGGCGUCAGCCAUUGCACCAAAGACUAAACCAAAACCAAAGACAGUUAGUAAACCAGUGCCACAACCAGAAGAAUCAAAACCAGAAGAGCAUAUUCCAGUGCAAGAAGAAGCUCAGCCAGUUGAAAGUAUUUUAGAAGAUAAACCUGCAGUUGAAGCUGUUCAACCUGUUCAACCACCUGUUGAAGAUGAACCAGUGGAAGCACCAGCUGCGUCUUCUGUUGCUGCUGUUGCAGAUGCUUCAUUCUCUGAACCAACUGCUUCCUCAAUUAUAGAUCAACAACCACAAGUUGUGUUGCCAACUACUCAACAACAAGUUGAUUCUGUGGGUAUUUCAUUCGGAUCAUUGUCAGUUGAUGCAGGUGAACCAAAGGAAGCAGCAGAA